AUGCACCGUGACGCCGCCGUUGCCUACCGCGACAUCCAACGUAACGCCGCCCACAUCUUCCUGGACCAGGUUCUGUCUGACCCUGGAGAGCUCUGCAGGCACAUCCGAUUCAACUUUGCCGCAACGGUUCUGAAGAUCAUGUACGGCAUCGAGGCACAAGAGAAGGACGAUCACGCCCUCGAGGCGGUCCUAGACACCUUGAUACCUGGAAGAUGGGUGGUAGAAUAUGUACCUGCCCUGAGGCACGUUCCCGCGUGGGUCCCGGGCAUGCGCACUCAGCACGAGCGCUGGGCGAAGUGGCAGGCUGCCUCCGCCCGUCUGGUGAACCUGCCUUAUUCCUUCCUCGUUGCGGAGCGGAACCGCCCAGAGGUGCAGCAGUCUGUCGUUAAUCGAUUGCUUGUGGAACGCGAGGAGCAGUAUGCCGGAGACCAAUUCGGUCGGCUUGAUGCAGAUGACAAGAUAGAGGUCGCGAAGAACGUCGGGGCGAUCGGUUCGACGUUGCAAGCUGUCUUCCUCGCUCUGUCGCUGCACCCCGACAUCAUGGCCAAAGCCCACGCCGAACUCGACGCCGUCGUCGGACCUCGGCGCAUGCCAGACUUCGACGACGCGGAGCCGCUGCUCUACGUCCGCGCUUUCAUCUUGGAGUCGCUCAGAUGGCACAACGUCACACCGCUCGGCGUCCCGCACGCCACGGUCGCCGACGAUAUUUGGCGCGGAUGGUUCAUUCCCGCGGAUACGCUCGUGAUACCGAAUGCUUGGGCGUGCAUGCACGACCCUAACGUCUACCCCGAACCGUUCAUGUUCAAGCCGGAGCGCUUCAUCAAGGACGGACAGAUCGACACAUCUGUACCCGACCCUACAGAUGUAGUCUUCGGCUUCGGGCGAAGAAUCUGCCCCGGGCGGCAUCUCGCGCGUGCCGCACUAUUUAUUAAUGUGGCGUCCAUCAUGCAUGUGUUCAACAUAACGCCUCCGCUCGACGAGAAUGGUAAGGCUAUCAAGGUCGAAGCAAAGUUUUCGGAUGGGUUCUUCAGCUACCCAGAAGAUACCCGCUGCACCAUAAAAGCCCGCUCGCCAGCACACGAGAGACUCAUUCGUGAGAACGCAGAGGCUGCACGAGCUAUGCGAGGGUGA